AUGGCAGUUAUGAAUCCGAAUCAUUACAUUGGUUAUAUAAACAAAGUUUAUACAAUGUAUUAUAUUUAUUGUGUUUCUCUAAUUAUAUGUCUGAUAAUUGCUGUAAGAAUAUAUUCUAUGACAUCUUCUACACAUAAAACAAAAGAAAAGAAUCUAGUUCGCAAUAGCUCUGCUAAAACAAUGAUAAUAUUAGGGUCUGGUGGACAUACUGCAGAAAUGAUAAAAAUUCUUAAAUAUUUAAAUUUCAAAAAUUAUUCACCAAGAGUAUAUGUACAUGCUGACACCGAUUUAAUGAGUACAGAGUUAAUUAAAAAUCUAGAAAAAGAUAAUACAGACUAUAAGAUAUUAUUGUGUAUUAUAGCAUUUUUAUUUAAAGUAUUUUUUAUUACACAGACUACAAUAAUAUUUGUUGAAAGCUUUUGUAGAGUUACAACAUUAUCAUUAACUGGAAAAAUAUUGUAUUAUAUAGCUGAUUAUCAAAUAGUACAGUGGCCAUAUGUGCACAAACAAUAAAAUAACAUACAAAUAAUAAAAUAUUUUACUUUUAUAUGA